AUGGAUGGAAAAACGUUUUUGUCACUGCACAUGGCACAUGAAUCCGACGAACAUAAAUGAAACAAUAUUUCUAGCUAAAAGUUUCGUAGGAAUAAAAUUAUGUCGUUAAUAUUGUAAAGAAAUUGUUUUAACACAAAAUUUCAAGAUAGAAGUUUCGAAGAAAUGAAAAUAUGAUUUUAAAAUUUUAAUGAAAUUGCUUUAACACUGCAAGACGUCGAAGAAACAUCGAAAUUCAAAUGGACGGUAAAUUCAGCAUCGUUUGCAAAUUUUCACUGAAAAGGCUGCAAGAAGUUUGUCUGGUUGGUUCGGAUAUUGAGGAAAUUCUUGUAAAUAAGUCACCAUGCUUUGAAGACAAGCAAAAUCUUUUGGACAAACUCUCCCAUUUAAUGCUUGAUGUCAGUAUGGCUUUGUGUAUUGCUCGACAGUUUAGAGGAAUCCUUUUGGAAAUACUGAAAAGAACACAGAGUUUUAUUGAAGCUUGUAUUGAUAUGAAGAUAUUGAAUCAUCAACGAUUUAGUCUGACAUUGAGUCAUUUGUUGCAGACAUAUCCAUACAUAAUGCCGUUUGUAUUAAAAUAUUUUCGCAAGAAUGGUCCCUUCUUUUAUAAGAAAAUUGUGAUUGAACAUUCGGAAAUCGCUGUUGUAGUUGAAGCUGCAUAUCGAUUUCUUUCACUCUCUCCCUCAACUUUUCGAACAUUAUGGAAUUGGGGAGACUUUUGUGAACUGGUGAAUGUUUUAACUGAUGAUUUUAAAGAGAUGUUUAUGAAGACACUGACAAUUCUCUUUGGUUGCAAUAACAAAGAACUGAUCCAAUUGUUUGGUAAUGAUGAUGAACUAAAUUAUUCGGGAAUUUCAUUGAUUAGUGAUCGAGAAAGAUUGGAAAGAGACACGAACAAGUUUAUCAGUUCAUCAGACUCUCUAAAUCUGGAUGAAAGAGAAAUCGUGUUUCUUGAAAAUGAUUUAUGUGAAGAUUACAUCAUCGUGGCAGGCAAUGUGCUUGUUCCGAAGAUUUCUAAAAGCAUUUCAUCUGGAGAAGAUCUUGUUACAGUCUCCUCCAUGUUGAAGAACAUUGAAGCCCUCUCAAUAGCCAUUGUCUCUGGAAAACCAAUAUUGAUAUCCGGUGAUGUUGGUUGUGGAAAGACAUCUCUUGUUGAGUACGUUGCAGCCUUGACUGGGAGAUCAAGACCGCCACAUUUAUUUAAAAUACAACUUGGAGAUCAGACAGAUAGUAAGGCAUUAAUUGGUUCAUACUGUUGUUCCGAUAUACCCGGUGAAUUUAUCUGGAUACCUGGUGUCCUGACUCGAGCUGUACGAGAAGGUCGCUGGCUUUUACUUGAGGAUAUCAAUUGUGCACCAAUGGAUGUUGUCUCUGUUCUUAUACAAUUGAUGGAAUCGCGUGUUCUUUCAAUUCCUGGUAAAGAGAAUGUUUCAGCUGCUCCUGGUUUUCAGUUGUUUGCUACUCAAAGAGUUGGUCGUGACGGCAGACUGUAUAACGCGGAAUCAUCGAUAUUAGAUCAUUUGUGGUCAAAAGUCGAACUAAAAAAUUUGACUAAAGAGGAAUUUGUAGAGAUUGCAGAAGCAAAAUUUCCAAGUCUUCAACCUUUUGCUGAGAAACUGGUGGAUAUUUUCUCAUUACUGUCACGUGACCUUGAGCUGAUGACAUCACCCGAUACGAGAAGGACAAAUCUGCGUAAUUGUGAACGGUUGUCUUCUGCACGUGACUUUAUGAAAUGGUGUCGAAGACUAAACUCGUUGAGUGUUGCGGGACACGUCCUGUUGAGCCCGCAAGAUGUUUUUCAAGAAGCUAUGGAUUGUUUCUGUGCUACUGUUUCCAAUCCUGAGAAGCGUUUAGCUCUGGCACUGGCUAUUGGUGCAAAAGUCAACAUCAACAAAGCAAAAGUGAAAUUUUUUUGCAAUAUGUCAAAACCUACAGUUAAUGUGGCACCUCUCUCUUUUACUAUUGGUCGGAUAACUCUGAAUCGUAAGCAGCCAGAAAGAGAAGUUAAAUAUUUUAACUUUGCUUUUACAAGGCAUUCUCUUGCAUUACUCGAGUCUAUAGCUGUUUGUGUAUCGCAAAAUGAACCCGUUCUUCUAGUCGGGGAAACUGGGACGGGCAAAACGUCGGCUGUCCAAUACCUGGCAGCAAAAUGUAACCGCUCAUUGGUCGUGGUCAAUAUGAGUCAGCAAAGCGAUUCCACCGAUUUGAUUGGUGGCUUUAAACCUAUAGAAACACGGCAACUGGUCGCUCCAGUUCGCGAGGAUUUCGAGAAUUUGUUUUGUGAGACGUUUUCACGAAAACAGAACGUAAAGUUUCUUGCAAAUAUCCAGCAAUGUUUUGGUCAGCGGAAAUGGGAAGUCUUGUUCAAAGUCAUGUUACACACACAACAGGCAGCUUUGAAUAAAUUAUCAAAAGAAUUGAAUGGCGACGACAAUCACUUGCUGUCUUGUUGGAAGAAAAUUGGUGAACGUAUCACUCAUAUACGUCAGCAAAUCAAGCAAUGCGAGUCUGCUCAAUUGUUUUCGUUCGUUGAGGGUGCUCUUGUCAAAGUUAUUAAGCGUGGAGACUGGGUCCUACUUGAUGAGGUUAAUCUUGCGAGUCCUGAGACUCUCGAAUGUUUGAACGGGAUAUUAGAGAGCCAAAAUGGAUCUUUAGUAGUUCUUGAAAGGGGAGAUUGCGAGCCUAUUGAGCGUCAUGAAGGAUUUCGGAUGUUUGCUUGUAUGAAUCCAGCCAACGAUGUUGGCAAGAAAGAUCUUCCUGCUGGAAUCAGAAAUCGUUUCACUGAAAUAUUUGUCAACGAACUCCACGACGUUUCUGAUCUAAAAACCUUGGUACAUAAUUAUCUUCAAGGAUUAUCUCCUCCUGGCUCUUUGGUCGAUGACAUUGUCAGUUUUUAUUUGAGUAUUCGUGAAAUGGCCAAUGAGAAGUUAUCAGAUGGAAGCGGAAAUCGACCUUAUUAUAGUCUUCGCACUCUGUGUCGAGCAAUGAAAUAUGCGUCUGGAAAUCCCCAUGGCAACAUACUGCGCUCUGUAUACGAGGGUUGUUGUGUUAGUUUUUUUACACAACUGGACAGGUCCUCCCAUAACAUUGUUGAGAAAUUACUUCAACAUAAACUUUUAUCACAUGUUAACACACGUGGCUUGCUACAUCAACCAUUGCGUAAACCAGUGGGGAACGAAACGUUUUUGAACUUUGAAGGAUAUUGGGUGUGUCAGGGGAGCAUGGAACCAAUCAUAUCAUCGGAGUACGUUUUCACAUCCUCCGUGAAAGAUAACUUGAAAUGCUUGGCGCGAAUCGUUUCUGGCAGAGAUUUUCCUGUGUUGAUUCAGGGUGAAACGUCCGUUGGUAAAACGAGUCUGAUAAAUUGGCUCGCUAAAGCAAGCGGCAAUUACUGUGUACGUAUCAAUAAUCACGAACACACGGAUAUUCAAGAAUAUAUGGGAUGCUACACGUCCGAUAGAAAUGGAAAAUUGAUAUUCAAGGAAGGAAUUCUUGUCGAUGCAAUGCGCAAAGGAUAUUGGGUAAUCCUGGACGAACUCAAUCUCGCUCCGACUGAUGUUUUAGAAGCUUUAAAUCGGCUGCUGGACGAUAAUCGAGAACUUUUUAUUCCUGAGUUACAAGAAACGAUUAAAGCACAUUCGAAAUUCAUGCUUUUUGCAACGCAGAAUCCACCAGGACAAUAUGGCGGACGGAAGGUUUUGUCUCGAGCAUUUCGUAACAGAUUUGUCGAGCUUCAUUUUGAAGAACUCCCGAGUAACGAACUUGAAACAAUUUUACACAAAAGAUGUCAUCUUCCUUUGUCGUAUUCUAAAACCUUAGUAAAAAUCAUGUUGGAGUUACAGGUUCGUCGACGUGGAUCUAACGUGUUUUCGGGAAAACAAGGUUUUAUUACGUUACGAGAUUUGUUUCGUUGGGCAGAACGCUACAGUAAAUCAGAAAACGACGAGAGCACAUUCUUUGACUGGAACCAACAGCUUGCAGAAGAUGGAUAUUUUCUUUUGGCCGGCAGAUGUAGAAAUCCCCGAGAAGCCGAAGUUGUCAAAGAAGUCAUCGAAAAACACAUGAAAAGAAAGAUCGAUGUUCAUUCACUGUUUGGUGAUCCAUUCUCAACGAAGUUAUCAAGUUUCUCAGACAAAGUCCUGCGUCAACUCGUUGGGCAAUGUCCAAAGGAAUUCAAUCACGUCGUAUUUACACAAAACAUGCGGCGUCUAGCUGUUCUUGUUGCAAGAGCUUUAGAGUUUCAUGAACCUGUUUUAUUGGUCGGAGAAACCGGUUGUGGAAAGACGACUAUAUGUCAAAUUUUUGCCGAAAUAAAUGGGAAGAAGUUGCGUACUAUCAAUUGUCAUAUGCACACAGAAACGUCAGAUUUUCUUGGUGGUCUACGACCUGCAAGAAAUCAUCAAAAUGAUGAAAAGGAGAAACAUUUGAGGUUGUUUGAGUGGUGUGACGGGAGUUUGGUGAAAUCAAUGAAAGAAGGAAACAUGUUUCUAGCUGAUGAAAUCUCUCUUGCUGAUGACUCUGUGUUAGAAAGACUUAACAGUGUACUCGAACCCGAGAGAACUCUUAUUUUGGCAGAGAAAGGAGGGAACGAUGAGGAGGAGUCUGAACAAGAUAUCGACAUUGUUCAUGCUCAACCUGGCUUCGAGCUGUUAGCAACCAUGAACCCAGGUGGAGAUUACGGAAAGAAAGAGCUUUCGCCAGCAUUGAGAAACAGAUUUACGGAGAUUUGGUGUCCCAGCAAUGAUGAUCGUGAAGAUUUGAUUGCCAUUGUCGAGCAUAAUGUUGCUUCGGGUAUAACGCUUACAGUUCAUGAAGAUGGCUCAACUGGUUUUGGCAAAGCAAUGGUCGAAUUUGUCGAAUGGUUUAAAGACAAGAACUUUGGUAAAAGGUGUAUCAUAACAGUCCGCGACUUCCUUACCUGGGUUCAGUUCAUCAAUAUCUGUUGCGCAGAGACCGCUAUUGAGCAUCUCACAACAUUCCAUCCGGCGCAGGCCUAUUUUCAUGGUGCUUUUCUGGUUUUUCUUGACGCAUUGGACUUUGGAGGGUUGGUCGAUAGCCAGACAAAAAAUACUGCUAGGGAUAUUUGCGUGCAGUUCCUAAUGAAUCAGUUGAAAGGGAUCUCGGGAACGACCAACGUUUUCGAUGAGCAUCACACGUCAAAUGCCGAACUCAAGCAGAAGAUGUUCAAUGAGGAAGUGUUUAAUUUUGGUGCAUUCGCCAUUCUCAAAGGUCCAGAAGUGUCGUCGAAUUUUUGCAACAACUACGCCCUGGAUGCGCCCACGGUAGCAUUGAACGCUCAAAGGGUGUUGCGGGCAAUGCAGUUGAAUCGUCCCAUCUUACUGGAAGGAUCACCGGGUGUUGGAAAGACAAGUUUGGUGUCUGCUAUUGCUAAAGUUUCACAUCAUCGUCUUGUGAGGAUAAACCUUUCGGAACAAACAGACAUCAGUGACUUGUUCGGUGCCGAUUUACCCGUGGAAGGAAGUGACGGUUGUCGGUUUUCAUGGUGUGAUGGUCCUUUGCUUCUUGCGUUAAAAUCUGGAAGUUGGAUUGUAUUGGAUGAGCUAAAUCUGGCUUCUCAAUCCGUUUUGGAAGGUCUAAACGCUUGCUUCGACCACAGAGGAGAGAUUUUUAUACCAGAACUUGGAAAGUCGUUUCAAGUGCAACACACGAGAACAAAAUUCUUUGCCUGUCAAAAUCCUUUAAAUCAAGGCGGUGGAAGAAAAGGACUGCCAAAAUCGUUCUUGAACAGAUUUACUCGAGUGUACAUUGAAGCAUUAACUCGCACUGAUCUGAUGUUUAUCACCGAAUCAUUGUAUCCGAAUAUCGAACAAAAUACAUUAGAGAAAAUGAUCAAUUUUAACGACAAGGUUCAUCAUGAAAUCGUUGUGAAAGGUUUAUGUAGUAAACAUGGUGGAAAAUGGGAGUUUAAUCUACGAGAUCUUUUUAGGUGGUGUGAUCUUAUUGUCGAAUAUAAAAGCGCAACCUGUUGGAAUCCUGAAGCAUUUGUCCACUUGAUUUUUGCUGGAAGAAUGAGAUCAGACGAAUGCGAGGCUAAGGUGUGGGAAGUGUGCGAUGCCAUAUUUGGUUGGAGCUCGGCUAAGGAUUCGGCCAUUUUUUUUCAUGCAACACCUUCAACUAUUCAGGUUGGCAGCUGUGUGUUUCCAAAAAGCAAAUCUUUGAUAGAGAAUGCAGCACUUCACUGUGAACCUUUGUAUGUUCUUCAUCGUGCGUUAAAACCGUUGGAAAGUCUUCUCACUUGUCUGAAGAUGAAUUGGUUGACGAUCUUGGUUGGCCCCAAAUCGUCAGGCAAAACAGCUUUGGCAAAACUAGCCUCCCAGUUGACUGGUAACAAACUUGUUGUCAUGGCAAUGAACAGUUCUAUUGACACCACUGAACUUUUAGGAGGCUACGAACAGGCUGACUUGGAAAGGCAGCGGACAGACUUGUCUUUGAAAGUUAAGGAAGAAGUGUUUAGAUUGUGUCGUAGCUUACUCCUUUUGAAGAGCUUUGAUGAAACGAAGGCUGACUUGAAGAGAAUUUCGAAGAUGUUGUUUAACCUUCGUGAUUCUGUUUUCAACAACAACAACAAUGAUGAUGUGUUGGAGAUGCAAGAGGAUCAAAAUAUGUUGGAUUAUGUCGAUCUUAUGACUCAACUGAUUGAUGAAGCAAGCAAUGUAUGCAGGAAGUACGCCUCGAUUGACAUCGAUUUUGAACAUCUUGAGAAUGCUGCUACAAAGCUUCGUGCUCAAUUGAUUAAAAGCAAGGGAAACACGCAUCUUAGUGGUCAAUUUGAAUGGGUCGAUGGUCAGUUGGUGAAAGCAUUGAAAGAAGGACAUUGGCUUUUGAUCGACAACGUAAACUUUUGUAGUGCAUCUGUUUUGGAUCGUUUAAAUGGUCUUCUGGAACCGAAUGGAGAAUUGAGUAUAAACGAACGUGGGAUUGUGGACGAUGAGAUACCUGUUGUGAAACCACAUCCAAACUUCCGGUUGAUUUUCACUAUGGAUCCAAAACAUGGAGAAAUCUCUCGUGCGAUGAGGAAUAGAGGCGUUGAAAUAUUUAUGCCUUCGAAGUUGUGUGAUGCAAGUGAUCUUUGCAGUAUGUUGAAUGCGUCAGGAUGCAAACAUCCUUCUACAAUAGCCGUACUUUCAAGAUUUUACUACGAACAGGAAGAAGGCACGCUUGUCCAGACUAUACACGCUGCAUCUCUUGCCACCAAACUCUAUCAAAGAGGACUGGAACGAGAUAAAUCAAUUGUCAUGUCGUUAAUGCACGCUGUUGGUUACACUAAUGUGGACCUUUCUUUGCUGUCAAAUGAAGAGAUGAUGUCUCCUUCAAAAGGUUUCAUUUGUCUCGAGAGUCCUUCUGGAAUCGAUUUUCAGAAAAAAUCUGUUCAUUCUAUGAUCGUCUGGCAUUUUAAUGCAUUGAAACGAAUUUUGAAUGAUGCAAGAAAUACUUAUAAAGAAAAUACUUUGGCCAUUUCUCUCUUUCUGGAGUGGUGUUGUGUAGGAGACUGGAGAAUGAGAUUGCAAUGGUUGAAAUGUUCGUUACCUGGUUUGAUGGAGGAUAAUGUGUCAACGACAGAAGUCCAGAAGGCAGAAUAUUUUCUUGAACGUUUAUUUGGUAGCAAUGCUUGUAAAGGACUGCUCGACUUUUUCACAUUUAUGGCUAGUGAAUUUAAAGAUAUUUGUUUUGAUGACUGCUAUCAACCAAUAAAUCUCAGAGUAAAUGGACCAAUGUUUGAGCAGAUUUCUCACAAGUUUUCGUCCGACCAGCAGGUCGUAACUCAGCUGUAUAGUUACACAAACAGGGUGUUCUUGUUAUGGACCCUUUUGUGGUUGGAGGCUAAAAUAGAUUCUUCAAUUAAGAAAUUACAUCCGAGAAGUCCUUUGGCAUUAUCAUUGGCAUACACGAAUAAUGAAAUUAGUGUCGAGAAUCUCCCUCAUGAAGGUCUUCAACAUAUUUUCCCACUUAUUCAAUCAUGCCAAGAAUGUUUACGAUGGCUUUUGGACAACUCGGAUGUGGUGUUCGAUGAUAACUUUUCAUACAAGACAUGGAUUGCCUUGCGAAAUUACCGAAAGUUUUUAGACGCGUGUACAGAAUGUUUGACUUCAAACGAGAGUUGUCAUUAUUUAUUUGACAUGUACUGGCGAUUUUUUAGCUGGGAAACUGUUGACUUCAUCUCGAAAACUUUCGACGCUCAUUCUAGUCAAAUUGUUGACUUGCAAAAGCUUUUGACUGUUAGAAAGUGUCUCGACGACAUCUGUCAUCCUUACAACGAACUUUCUUCGUGCCACUGGAGCUUAAUGAAAAACUUUCACCGCCCAACCGCUUUUAACAUGAAAGAAUUAUGUGAUUUGUGGGCAAAACUUACCUACUUAUACCGUCGCUGUAACAAUUGGAUCAUCAAUCAUCAAGCAGAUGGAACAUUUGGUGUUUGGAUGAAGCAGUUCCGAUUUUGGGGAAUUUCUUUAACGGAACACUUGAUGGCAUUAAUGGCACUUCGUCAUGGACGAAUUACGAGAGAGAAUGCAGUAGAUACGUUGUCGACGGUUAAGAAAUUUAUCGAAGACGUCAUUCGACAUCUGUCCGAGAAAGAAAAAAAGAAUCCUUCCUUUGCUGAUCUACCAUCACAGUUGGCUCAGAUAUCUAUAGCUGACCAUGAGAACAAGGACAGCGGAGUUUCUGUUGAAUUCCUGACUUCGGAAAUGAUCGAGACUUACCGUGAACUUGUUUCUUAUUACGCUUUUAUGGAAUGCGUGACUUUGUUAAAGCUGAUGUAUGUUCGUGAAGCGAGGACAGAUAAGUCGAACUCAAAGAUGGCGAGGAUGUUAGAUUGCUUGCAGCAGUUUUGUGUUGUCCAUUGCUUAAAGAUUCCUUUGCACUUGUCAUUGGUACGAUUAAUUUUGAAAAAUCCUGAGAUCAAAAAUAUGCUCAGCAUCUGUGAUGAGGCAGAAUUAGGAUACGUUGGAGACAAGAAUACUCUUCCUCUUCACUCCUCGUGUUUUACUAAAACGUUUCAAUUCUUACGUUGCAACGCGAGGAGUGAAUACUGUUUGAUUGGUAAUGAAAGCGGUUUCCCGAGUUUAAUGAAUGUGAAGAAGAAGUUUGAUGAAUAUCGCUACUUUGUUUCAUUUCUUUGGAUUAAUCAAAAUUACUUUCCGCAUAUGAAGCUCGUGCAUUGUCAAGCUGAAUUGAAAUCGAUCUUUAUUGCAUUUGUUCGGCUGCUUCAAUGUUUCAAUGAUCAAGGAGAUUUUGCUUCUAUAUGCACUAAAUUGCUUAAUAUAUCAUGCGCUGGAAGAUUAUCGAACGAAGAUAAACAAAUAAUACAGGAAUGCGUAUCAAAGAUCAAAGAAAACAUUUCUCAGCUGGAAAUGAAACUAGUUGCUCGAGGUAUUCUUGAAAAAUGUUUAUCACUUCUUGGUAUUGGCUUAAUUCAAAUGGCAGAUUUUAAAAAUUUCAAUAAAGAGUCGAACCGUACGUACAUGAGACAAUUUUCUGUGGGUCUUUGCUGGAUUCAGCUGGGAAUGCUUCAAUCAACGUUGCUUCGUCCCGUUGGCGUAUUGGAUCCAGUUGAAGAGACAAAUUUCAAGGUUGAUAGUAUGAAUAAAGAGAUUGAAGAUAUGAACACUGAAUUGAAGAUUCGAGCACGGAACGAGGAAAUGCUGACAGGUGUCAACAUCAGCAGAGAACGCGAUGCAGAAUCAACGCUUCAAGUUAAUCCAAGUUUCGUAAAGAAUCUAGUCGAAUAUCAAAAGUUUCUAAGAUCUCAACUUUCCUCUCUGGGUGAAGAGGUGGCCUACAGACCUGUUCCAUCUCAAUUUCGAAAGAUAACUGGAAUUCUCGAACAUUUUUCAAACAAUGUGGCAAACUACAUGGAAGCAUUGACGACACUUCACGCGAUGUCGUCGUUCGUUUUGAUUGGAGAAAAUAUAGAGAAGUCAGUUGAUCUUAGUCGUGGUAUUUCCUACUUGAAGACAUGGAAGAAAACAAUUCAAACAUUUACAGAACAACUUGUAGAGUUCGUAGCUUAUCAGGAUAUCUUGGGUCCUUAUAUUUGUGGCUUGAAUCAGAUUCUUAAAGGAACAGACAUUGUUUUGUCGACUGUACAAAAUGCUGUAAAAUGGGCUAAAUACGGAAAGAGCUUUAAAGAUUUCAAGAUUUGCUUUCCUAACGAAAUGCUUUCACUUGUGCUUCCAUUCUCGUUUUCGCAUCGUUCAACUUCAUCGACGGUCUCUGCCUUGUUGAGUGAGAAAGUAUCUCUUGGCAUAGAAGCUCUGUUCAAAAAUUAUUCGUCUCCUUUUGUCAAUAACGAAGAAUAUUGUGAAAUGUUUAAGUGCAGAAUUUGGUUGCUCGUCCUGCGUAUAUUAAGACGAAAAGUCUAUUUACAAGGUUACACGACAACGGAUGACAUUCAAUUUCUGAACAUCAUUGUAAAAUAUUACCAAACUUUAUGGUUGAAACGCGAGGAAGAAAGAAGACUUGAAGAAGUCGAAAAUGAAAGCUUGUACAAGUUUAAAACGCAAACGUAUUGUGAGGACGAGUCGUCCGAAGUUGAGCUAAAUCAGAAAGAUAUCGAAGAAAUAUUUACAAGAUUUGAUGAUGACUUCAAAGAACUUGAGUCAGCAGAAACACAAGAACUGUCACAUGGCAGCGCGAAGAAUACAAACGAGAAGAAGAGCGAUAUUGGUGUUUUAGACCUAACACAGUUCUGUAAUAUGCAUCAGUUCAUAUUAUGUUGUUCUCCCAAUGUAUGCGAUGUGUUUUCAACCUUCAAUAACAAAGAUUAUCUGAAGGUGGAUGAAGAAAGAGAUGCGUUUGAAAUCGUGUUUCACCGUUAUAACAUUUCUUCUGAAGUGGUCGCACUUUCUGAUCUAUCCGAUGGUGAUUUACGGGACGAUAGUUCUCCCAGUCAUCUCAUUAUGAGCUCGAUGUUGAUGAGAUAUUUGUCUAGCCAUGAAGAAGGAGCUGAAAUUAAGCAUCAUUUCAUGAGUUCUUUGUUCGAGAAAAGAGGUGAAGAAUACGAUAUUUACCACGACAGCAAUUUAAAGGAAACUGUAAAAGUUGUACCGAUACUUCUACGCUUUAAGACGAGAUUAGAACAACUGCUUGUAGAAUGGCCGGAGCAUCCAACGCUCGCUCAGUUGUGUCAAACCAUCGAGCGUAUUCUUUCAUUUUCUGUAACAAGUCCUGUAAUGAAAAUUCUUAAUGGUUUAGAAAUCUUGUUAAAGUAUUCACAGGAGUGGGAAUGUAAUGCCAGUCGCCAUGUUUCCAUAAGGAUCAAUCUGAAUGAAGUCACCCAAAUGAUUAUCCAAUGGAGAAAGUUAGAGUUAAGGUGCUGGUCUUCUUUGUUGCGAGUUUGUGAAGUGAACGUGAGUGAUAGAGCCAAUCAUUGCUGGUUUCAUCUUCAUCACGUGAUCCAGGAAUUUUCCCGCUCUAAUGAACAAGCAGAUUGCACGGAAUUCAUCAAUAUCUUACAGCAGUUUAUUGAGAAAUCGUCCAUAGGAGAAUUCUGUCAGAGGUUAAACAUGCUACGGGCCUUUCAUUCUCAGAAAAUCUUGGACAAGGAAGAUAAUUCAGAUAUCGUGGUGAUUAUACUGUGGAACGUAUAUUGUUACUACAAACAAUUUCAGUCGCAAGUGAAUGAUUUUAUUCAGAAAGCAAAGACUCCGAUCGAGAAAGAGUUAAAGGAUUUCAUCAAGAUUAUCAAGUGGAAAGACAUCAAUUAUUGGGCCAUGAAGGAAACAGCGUCAAAAUCUCAUUAUACUUUGCUGAAAUUCAUGAAAAAAUACAGAGCCUCAUUAUCCGUAGGAAUCGAUGCAAUUCUAAACUCUACUGGUAAAGUGGUCGCCUUAGAAAAGGAAAAUCAAACGAACGAUAACGAAAUGUUUAAAUUGGCAGUUGAUGAUUUCCUGUCGCCUAAAGAAUUCAAGAUGCCGAAUCUUGAGAAUGAAGAAAGUGAAUCUCAACUAUCAUCAAAAUUGUUUACCAAAAUGCGAAAGUUAACGCAACGCAAGCUGAACACUUCAAGAUACGAGAGAUCAUCUUUUUCUGUGGAUAAAUUAGCCGGUGAGAUAGUGAGCAAGGCACUAAGUCUGCAACAAUGGGAAAUUGGAAAAAAGACUGGUGAAGAACGCACUCGGUUUAUCAAACACGUUCACGUUAUGAAAAAGAGAUCUUUAGCUGACUUGUUCAAGGAAUUAAAAAAGAUAGGUUUGUCGUACCGUAAAGGCAUAAACAUUUGCCAGCAAAACUCUUUGAAAAAUCCUAUGUUGGUCGAUACCUCUGACCUUUCAAAACGACUGAAAAACAUGGACAAUAUCAUGGAAGACAAAAAAUAUGGAUGUUUUGCAUCAUUGUGGGAAAGUUCGAUGGAAUAUUAUCAAAAAUGUGUUUACCGCAACACUGCCGUGAACAACCUUCUUUCAUCACCGUCAAAGGAUUUAACGAUGGGCGAUGUUGACCGUAUUAAAGGUAUUGCUGAACAUUUACGACAAAUCACUCAAAGGCAAAGAGAAAUAAUAUCAAGUGUUGGCAAGAUGUUUUCUAAUUUGCGCAUGACAGGAAAACAACUGGAGAAGCUAGCACUAGAACCAUCGUGUCGACUACCUCAUCAAAUCAAAGUUUCACAAUGGACACGAAAACUUGAUGAUCUCCUGAAUAGAUGCUUGGAGACCUCUGAUGAAAUUCGGAUUUUCACAGAAGCUUGUCCUGAUGUCAAAAUCGAUUCUAGCAUGAGUCCGGAUUUUCACAGCUUAUCGAAUCUUGCUAAAUGUUCUAAAGACGAUGAUGUUUACGUUUGCCUAAAGAAUGCAGUUGAGACUUUUCUUGUCGAAAUAUCAAAGAUCAAAUCAAAUCUCUUGAAGCAAGCUUUAGUUCUAAACCAAGAACCAGCUAGGGAUGAUGGCGUUUUUAUCGCCUCUCGGGAUGAAUAUGAAAUGUUAAAGACGUCGUUUGAGAAUGUCAAAAAAUGUAAUGAAUAUUUGGACGAGUUUUUAAAAUAUGAUUCAAGUCCUGUUGGUUUGGGAAAACGUGUUCACGAUUUAAGAAAAGAAAUUUCCGUGACGUACACAACGUUUACAAAAUGGUGUCAAAUUGAGUCCAGAGACAACCAACGUAGUCAUAAUGAAGAGUCAUCAGCACACUAUCUCGAAAGAGUUUCGCAGAUACGGAAUCGAAUUCUUGUGACCUUUCAGAAAUGGUAUAAGAUAAGGGAUUCUGAGAAAGAUUUUGAAACAUUUGACGAUGAGGCAGACUUCACUAUUGAAAAGUACUUUGUUGGAAAAAUGGAAGAUCUUUUUGAGGAUAUAUCAUGUCUUUCGAUCAAAGAAAUAACGAAUGACAUCAAUUCGUAUGUGGAAUUCUUUACCAAAGCAAGUGAUGAAACGGAUGAUUGUCCUUCAUUGAAACAGUUAAUUUGCAAGAUUAUGAUAAGUAUUCUCCCACAUUUUUCCCAAUACGUUCUUCUUGUGGAAUAUCAUUUUCACCAAUUGUUGAUAUGCCAUCGAGUUUCGUGUAAACUACAGUCGAUUCUGCUUGCCGUCUUUGUGGAAUUAUUGACGAAAGGGUUCUGUCUGCCGCCCGACCUGGAUGAUGGAGAAGGCGAGGGAGCAACCUCUUUUGAAGAUGCCGAAAAUUGUGGCGUGGGGGAAGGUGAAGGCAUGAAAGAUGUCAGUGAUCAGAUCGAGAACGAGGAACAGUUACACGGUUCUGCACAGCAAGAUAGCGAUGAAAAGGAAAACGAAAGUGGUGAACAAAUAGCGGAUGAAGAAAACGGUAUUGAGAUGAGUGAAGAUUUCGAUGGUGAAACACACGAUGUCGAUAAUGAUUCCGGAGACGAGAGUGGCGAAUCUGAAGACAAGGAUCUUGAUGAACAGAUGGGGGAUAUUGAUGGUGCUGAUGAAACACUUGACGAGAAAUUGUGGGCAGACUCUGAUAAUGAAGAUAACGAAGAAAAUAAUGGUGACGAGAAGGCAGAAAGGGGCGCAGGGACUGAUGGGAUUGAAGAAAGUGAAUUAGUGGCAAAAGAGGCGAAUCAAGGUUCUAGCCAGGAAAAUCGAAACAAACUGAAUGAGAAAAAAGUUGAAGAAGAUAAAAUAAACGAGUUAGCACAUGACGAAGAUGAUCAAGGAAAUCUUGAGGAGAAUUUCCGUGAAGAUGCAAGCCAACAACAACCGGAAGAAAUUGAAACUAGCGAUAUGGCGCUUCCUGAUGAUUUGCAGUUGGAUGACCUAGAGGAUGAUGGGAAUGAUAUUGAUGAUUCAAAAGAGGACAUGGCCACUGAAGAGUCAGCAAUGGAAAAUGACAAUGACGAGAUUAAUGAUGAAAAUGAAAAAGAUGAUGGAAUUGAAGAAAUGGCGGAUGUGAAAGAUCUUGAGCAAGUCAGUGAUAAUGAAGACGGCGACAUGUCGAAGAAAGAGGAACAGAUGCAAGAUGAAAUCGAUAAGAAUGAUGAUAUUGACAAGAACGAAAACGAGGAUCAUCUUGAAGAGGAGUGGAAAACAGACUCGGAAACCAAGGCUGAAAAUGUGGAAUCAGUAGAGGAUCAGGACAAGCCUGACGGAUCAUCGGGUUCUUGUACGGGGAAAGAAAGAAAUGAGCCAGUAGACAAUGAUGUCAGCUUGGCUGACGGUGAUAGCGAGGGGACUGGUAAUAGCAUAACGCAUAAGAGUGGAAUGGAUUUUGCUGAUAGCGUAACUACGAACAAUACAACACAAACAAUCAGCAACGAUACGAGUUUCUAUCGCAAGCAAAUAAAUAAAUCCAGAGCCGAUCGCAGUUUGGGAUCAUCCUAUGAAGCAGUUUACAAAAAACCCAAAGUUCUCGAUUCGUCUAACGAAAGCUCGAUUGAAGAGAAGCAAAACGAUUCCUCGUCGGCGGAGCAGUUUGAACAUUUAAGAAACAACGAGGAAUCUCACGACUUACAAGUUUAUGAUGCAGCAACGUCUGAACAACUGGAUGAACAAGAAAGUGUCAGCUACCCCAAUGAGAACGAAAAGGGAGACGAGGCCGAGAAUAUGCAAGAAGACUGGGAACUACCUCCUGAAAAUGAAGAUGAUUCUGGAAAACAGAAUGGAAAGUAUGAACACGAAGGAACAUCGUUGCAAUCUAAGAUGUCUCGAGAUGACAAAGAAAAGCAAGGAAAAGAUGUCGAAAUGAAUGAAGAAUAUGUACAUGAAGUAUCAAGAAAAGAAUGGACAAGUUAUGAAAGUUCUGUCUUCAUUGGUAGCAAUCUUACUUUGAAUGAUGACCCGGUUGAACCAUUGAAUCCAGAGGAAUGCCGCAAAGAACUGCAAGAAUUAUUGUGUCGAUGGCGGGAACUUAAAGAAGGAAGCAAACAAGAACAAGCUAUGGCGCUCGAAACUUGGCAUAAGUACGAGAGCCUUACUUCCACGCAUGCUCAGCAGCUCUGUGAACAACUAAGAAUAGUUUUAGAGCCGUCAAUUGCGAACAAACUGAGAGGUGAUUAUCGUACGGGCAAAAGACUGAACAUGCGCAAAGUAAUCCCUUAUAUUGCAAGUCAGUAUCGCAAGGAUAAGAUAUGGUUGAGACGGACAAAGAAGGGUAAAAGAGAAUAUCAAAUCUUAUUGGCCAUUGAUGAUUCUUCCAGUAUGUGCGACAAUCAAUCAAAGCAGCUUGCAUUCGAAUCACUUGCAACCAUUACAAACGCUCUCACUAGAUUAGAAGCGGGUGAAAUAGCAAUAUGCAGUUUUGGCGAAACAGUGAAUCUUCUUCAUCCAUUUCACGAAGUAUUCAGCGAUCAGUCAGGUGCAAACAUCUUGCGUCAAUUGCGUUUCGAGCAAAAGAAAACAAGAAUAGCUCAAUUGCUUGUGUCAUGUACCAAUAUAAUGACGUCGGCAAGAUUCAACGCAAACACCAAGAAUCCUGUUUCACAACUUCUGCUUGUUGUGUCCGAUGGUCGAGGAAUAUUUUUGGAAGGUGUUGAGACUGUUCAAAGGUCAGUUAGACAAGCCAGGGAUUCUGGAAUGUUUAUAGUGUUUGUCGUACUCGAUAAUGCGACCACAAAUAAAGACUCCAUUCUCGAUAUAAAGGUGCCAAUCUUUCGACAAGGUCAACUACCCGAAAUAAAAUCCUACAUCGAACAAUUCCCCUUUCCAUUCUAUAUCGUACUACGAGAUAUAAGCUCUUUACCAGAAACUUUGAGCGACUCUUUGAAGCAAUGGUUCGAAUUGGUUGUAAAUAUGUAACAGACAUCGCCAAGGACUGUGUCAAAAUGUGUAUUCUGCGCAUGGCUCUUAAUGAAAAAUUAACAAAUUUAAUUAUUAUCCA